AUGUUCCGAAUAGGAAAAUCUACAGACACAGAAGUAGAUCAGUGGCUGCUAGGGACUGGAGGAGGAAGGAGACGGGAGAAUCUAAUUAGUGGUUGCCAGGGACUGGGGAAGCAAACGGGAAGUGACUUCACAUGGUCCCGAAAAUACCUUUCAUUUCCCCUCCCCUACACGGGCGAGUCAAGUUACUCCCUCCUUCCGGAAACACGAUGCCCUCUAUUUCCAGGGCACCUCCAGCUCCCGUUUUCCACCCUCCUCUCCAGCUGCUCCUUCUCCAUCUUCUCGGUCCUUGCCUCCUCCGCCUCCGGACCAGUAAAUGCUAAUGUCCUGAGAGACUCUAACCAGGCCGCUAUAACACCGCGGGGCUGCUCUCGCCCCAACCCGCCACGCAGGACCAGGGCGCACACCCUCGGGUCUCUGCGAGCCUAUGCCUCGGAGAACCCCGCAGCCCGCGAGUGCAAAGUCAGUGAAGGACAGCGAAGACUGCCCGCACACAGACAGUCCCUUCCCCGGAGAAGGAAGAAGACUGCCAGGCUAGAGCCAAGGCUGAGGAGGAGACCGGCACGGGCGCCACGCGCGACCGAGGGGUCGAGGGACGUCCCGGAUCCGCUCCUUCAACACCGCCCCAGGCAGUGGGCAUUCUGUGCGCCGCCCCCUCCCGGCCCCGAAGAGGAUGUCCCAGCGAGCGCGCGGGCCUGGACAGAGGCAGCGCCGCAGCGGCGGCAGCGGCGCGGACAGCGUGAGAAAGAGAGACACUCACCAGCGUCAGCCCCGAGCCCUCACAGCACCGGAAGUAGUCACCCGCCCGUUGCCAGGAUCCCAGCCACCAUGCUCUGCAGAAGCUCAAGCAGCCACAUGGGAAAACCACAUGUGGAAGUUGUGACCAAUGACUCCAGAUAAGAUCCAAGCUGCAGCCAGCACCAACUGCCAGACAAGUAAUUGAAUGGGCCUUCAGAAGAUUCCAGUCCUCAGCCAUGGAUUAACUUUCAACAUUUAUGUCUUCCCAGCUUAGUAAUCAUAAGCAGAAACAAGCCAUCUCCACUUACUUGCCCUUUCCAAAUCUUGAUCAUAGUAAUAUAAUAAAAUGGUUUUUGUUUUACUUCACUAGGUUUACAUACUAGUAGUACUUGAUCACAGGCUCCAGCAACAGAGCCAAAGUUCACUGGCUCUUAUAUUGAGGGUAUCAUGCCAGGGUCCUGACACUGAAAGUCUAAGAAAAGUUAGCAGUAGCUAGGAGGAUAACCUCAUGGGUCUGGACAACUCAACUGCCUCCAGUUUGCCCACCUUAUCCUCACUAAUUUGUCCUCUCUCUUCUCUGUCUUUAGCACUCUCCCACCAUAGGUGACCUGGGUUGUUUCUUCUUCUUCUUCUUCUUCUUCUUCUUCUUCUUCCUCUUCCUC